AUGUCAAGGCCACACUGUGGAGAUGCCUCUCUGCCAAGCUGCUUGGUCACCUUUGUCUUCCUGCAGUUUCUGCCUGCUGGGAAUGGGAAAGCCGAUUUCCGUGUCCUGGGACCUCCUGACCCUCUUCUGGCUCUAGUGGGCCAAGACAAAGAGUUGCCAUGCAAACUGUCACCCAACAUCAGCGCCGAGGGCAUGGAGCUGAGGUGGUACAGGGACCAGCCCUCCCCAGCUGUGCACGUGUACAGGAAUGGGAAGGAUGUGUGGGAAGAACAGAUGGAGGCCUACCGGGGAAGGACAACACUUACCACCGACCAUGUGGCCAGGGGCGAGGCCGCCGUAAGGAUACACAACGUCACCCUGUUUGAUAACGGGACAUAUCACUGUAUCUUCAAGGAGCACACGUCCUACAGCCAGGCCACCCUGUGGCUGAGGGUGGCAGGGUUGGGUUCAGCACCCAGAAUCCACGUGAUUGAGACCCAAGACAAUGGCAUCCAGGGAGAGUGCACCUCAGCUGGAUGGUUCCCGGAGCCCAAGGUGGAGUGGCAGGACCUCAGAGGACGGAAGGUGCCUGCUGUGACCCACUUCUCAGCCUCAGCCACCGGCCUUUUGGCUGUGACAUCCACUGUGGCACCCCAGGAUGGGGCUGUGGAGGGCCUGACUUGCUCCAUCUCCAACCCUCUCCUCCCGGGGAGGAAGGUGGCUAAGAGCCACCUGCCUGCCCCCCUGUCUGAAAGGUCUCUGUCCAUGGAAAGGGGACCAGUUCUGCCUUUGAUCCUCAUUGCACUGGGGCUUGUAACUGCUGCGAUUGCCUGUGUCUUUGGGAAACGUCAGAGGGACCAGCAUAAGUCAAGCCCGGAAGGUGAGGCAGAGCGAGGAGGAAGUGAGCAGAGCGAGCUGGCUGGUGGGGCCGAGGCUGAGCGCUUCCACGUGAGCCUGUCCCUGGACCCUGACACCGCAAGCCCCAAACUCUUGGUGUCUGAGGAUCAGAAAAGUGUGAAACGACUGCUCUUCGACCAGGACUUGCUUCCCAACUCCAGGAGAUUUGAGCGCGACCCCUGUGUCCUGGCUCAGGAGCGGUUCUGGUCAGGGAGACAUUACUGGGAAGUAGAGGUGGGGGACAGGAGGGCCUGGAUUCUGGGUGUGUGUCUGGAGAGUUUGGGACGCGAGGAAAGGAUCCCCAAGUCCCCUCAGCAUGGCCUCUGGGCGGUGGAGCUUUACAAGAAGAAACUCCGGGCUCUCUCCUACCCCAGGACUCGCCUCUCUCCUCUCCAGCCCCUCCGGCGGGUGGGCAUCUUCCUAGACUGUGAGGCUGGGGAGAUCUCCUUCCACAACAUCACAAACGGCUCCCUGGUCUACACAUUCUCUGGACUAUCUUUUCCUGGUCCCUUGCAGCCAUUCUUUUGUCUUUGGACCCAUGACCCCAACCCCUUGACCAUCUGCUCAGUGGUCACAGAGACCCAGGAAGACACAGUAUCCUCUGGAGUGUACAGUUUGGUUAGUGUUGGUCAGUAUAUACAAUCAUAUAAUAGCACCAUCAGGAGAACUAAUACUUUCUCCCUGAAAGUUCGCUUAAAUCUGCUGGAAUUGGACUCCUGUCUGUAGCUCACCUGGACCACCACUGAGCCUCAUACAGCUUCCACUUUGAUUCUCAUCCCAUUCUUGGUCUUGAUUUGAAGUA